UUUGCAGUCAGGAGAAGUCUGAACAGCUUGUUUGAAGAUUUAUUUCAGUAUGAAGACGAUUAGGUAUAAACCGAACAAACUGCGGUACCUGGCACUUCUGUUAGCUGUCUGUGCCAUAGUCAAUGCCGAAGAUUCAGAUGAGAACACAGCCGUCUCUGAUGGCAAAGAAGACCUUGAAACAGCAGAGUCUGGUUAUGGAUACGGCGGAAGUAUAGGCCACGGUGGUGGAGGAUAUGGUGGCCACGGUGGUGGAGGAUAUGGUGGCUAUGGUGUUGGAGGAUAUGGUGGCUACGGUGGCCACGGAGGUGGAGGAUAUGGUGGUUAUGGUGGCUACGGUGGUGGAGGAUAUGGUGGCUAUGGUGGCCAUGGAGGUGGAGGAUACGGUGGUUAUGGUGGUGGAGGAUAUGGUGGCUACGGUGGUCAUGGUGGUGGAGGAUAUGGUGGUUACGGUGGCUACGGUGGUCAUGGUGGUGGAGGAUAUGGUGGUUACGGUGGCUACGGUGGUCAUGGUGGUGGAGGAUACGGUGGUCAUGGUGGGGGAGGAUAUGGUGGCUACGGUGGUCAUGGUGGUGGAGGAUAUGGUGGCUAUGGUGGUCAUGGUGGUGGAGGAUAUGGUGGCUACGGAGGUGGUUAUGGCUGGUGGUGA